AUGCCGAAUGCCAUUCCCACCUAUUGCAGAGCACCCCCUGCACGCUCUUUCCACCCGAGUCCCAGCACGUCCGCGACGCUCAACCAGGCCAUGCGCAGGAAGAAACCGCAGAACAAACAAACCAAGGAGUCCCGGUCCCCCCUCCUAAACAAGGCGCCGCAAAAGAAGGGUGUCUGUUCCCAGAUUUUCAUCAUGAAACCGAAGAAGCCGAAUUCCGCCAGGCGCAAGGUCGCGAAGAUAAAAUUAUCCAACGGGGAGACGUUGAAGGCGUAUAUCCAGGGGGAGGGACAUAACCUGCAGGAGCAUAGUGUGGUGAUGAUUCGUGGGGGCAGAGCACAGGACCUUCCCGGUGUCAAGUACAAGAUUGUCCGAGGGGGGCUUGACUUCGGCGGUGUCAUUGGUCGGCAGACUGCACGCAGUAAAUACGGAGCCAAGAAACCCAAGAAGUAA